UUAUUGCAGUACAUUCUGGAUUUGAAAAUGCAAGAGCUCGACCAGACUGUGACUAUCGGAGCGACUGUUCCGACCGGAUUCGAGCUUACAGCAGCGGAGGAGGUUCAGGAGAAGCUCGAGGCCACUGCCAGAGUUAGCAAAGACAGAGGCAGAAUAUAUUUUAAUAUAACAACGGAUAAGCUUCAAAAGGUGCAUCGCCUGAAGUCUGUAGACAAUCUAUUCGUUGUUGUUCAAGAAUAUGAUAACUACCAGUUCAAAGACACAAAGGAGGAAGUGCAAUUGGAGCUGCAAGAGCUGGCCAACAGGCUGCCUUGGACAAAUGCCUUAGAAGCCUGGAAGGUGAACAACUCGAUAAAGAAGAAGAAAGGACAUCAGAAAAAAACGAACUCCACAAAAUUAGAUCAUUGUGGCAGUGUUGACACCAAAUGUACGCAUACUGUCCCAUUAGAUCCAGAGAGCCUCUGGGUAGAUCUUGACGAUCUUCAGGUGAAGGAGAACCAAAGAGAUGUUUCUCAUUCAGAAAAUGGCCCACAGGAAGAAAAGCUUCCUGAAAUCGUGGGAUUUGGUCAGGAGUCAGAGGCCAUGCCUUUAAAGUUUCGAGUGACAUGCAGCCGAGCUGGAGACAAACACUGCUUCACCUCGAAUGAUGCUGCACGAGACUUUGGAGGAGCAAUACAAGAGCUCUUUCAUUGGAAAGCAGAUAUGACCAAAUUUGAUGUUGAGGUGCUGUUGAAUAUCCACAAUAAUGAAGUUGUAAUUGGUAUUGCUCUCACAGAGGAGAGUCUGCAUAGGAGGAACAUCACUCACUUUGGCCCCACAACUCUACGGUCUACACUGGCUUAUGGUAUGCUUAGACUUUGCAAGCCACAAGUGUCAGAUGUGAUUGUAGAUCCCAUGUGUGGCACUGGAGCUAUACCUUUAGAGGGAGCCAUAGAGUGGCAGAAUUCUUUCUUUUUAGCAGGAGACAACAAUUACACCGCAGUCAGCCGAACUGGCAAUAAUGUCAAGCACUUUCUAAACAGAAGACAUGAUGAAGGAAGUUUCUCUUUAGGCUUGCCAAUAGACAUAGUUCAGUGGGACUUGUGCAAUUUACCCAUGAGGAGCAGUUCAGUGGACAUCAUUAUUACGGACCUGCCUUUUGGAAAGAGAAUGGGGUCCAAGAAGAAGAACUGGGAGCUGUACCCUCUAUGUCUUCGGGAAAUGGCUCGAGUUUGUAAACCUGGUACAGGAAAAGCUGUACUACUUACCCAGGACAAAAAGUGUUUCUCAAAGGCAUUAUUGCGAAUGGAAGGGCUGUGGAAGAAAUGGCACACGGUUUGGGUGAAUGUGGGGGGAUUGCAUGCUGGUGUUUUCGUGCUCAAACGCACAGCGAUAGUUUUUGGUACCACUUCUAAAGACAUGGAGCCUCAUAAAGCGACAAUAUCACAAGAAGAGAAUAUAGAGGACACAGGGCUGUAAGAGGACUGGAAGACAAAUUCCAGCAAAUUUCCAUAUGUUUUGAAAUGUAAUUUUGGUUUUGUUGUGUUUCUUAUGUUUAUUGAUGCCAAGGUUUGUUGUCUUUUUCCUCAUCCUGAUUGGUUAAUCUGGGACAUAAUGCCAGACCUUUGAUAGCCCUGGCAAUCAAGGAGCCCAAAAUUAAAAAAUAAAAAUAUCAUUAAUGUG